AUGAAUCACUUUCCUCAGACUUGGGGACGCCCCCGUGAUGAAAUUUACGGUCCCUAUGACAACUCAUUUUUACAAAGCAAUGUGCCCAAACAGCAUACAAAAUCACCCAUCGUAACUGGCACUUCAGUUAUUGCUGUUAAAUUUCGGGAUGGUGUCAUCAUCGCAGCUGACAACCUAGCAUCUUAUGGAUCUCUAGCUAGAUUUACAAACGUAAAACGCCUAAGAAAAUUCGCAGACACUUCAGUCGUUGGCUUCGGUGGUGAUGUCUCAGACAUGCAAUAUCUUGACCGGCUCCUCGGUUCUCUCGCCAUUGAUGAGGCUUACAAUUCAACGGGCCAUACACUUAAUGCCAAAAAUAUUCACACUUAUCUAGCAAGAGUAAUGUAUAAGCGCCGCUCAGAAUUUAAUCCUUUGUGGAAUCAAAUUCUUGUGGCAGGUCUAGAUGAUGAAGAUAAGCCAUUUCUCGCAAGCGCAGAUUUGCUAGGAACAACAUUCACUUCUCCCAGCUUAGCCACCGGAUUUGGAGCUCAUCUAGCACAACCUUUACUCAGGAAUUUGGUUCCAGAUGAGGAAGCUGUUGCGAAACUCUCACAGGAUUCUGCUAUUAGGGCGGUGAAGGAAAGUCUGAAAGUAUUGUUCUACCGAGAUGCCCGAAGUCUUGACAAAUACUCCAUUGCAGUAAUUACCAAAGCCGGCGUUGAACUAAAAGAAAAUGAACAGCUGGAGAAUCAAAGCUGGAAGUUCGCCGAACAAAUUCGGGGAUACGGAACACAGAAAAAUUAA